AUGGCCAUACAUAAGCUGAUAAUAUUCUAUAGCAUUACUGUGUUAUUUUAUCACAUUGGCUUGUUUCAAGAUAUUCUAGCAGCUAGCAAUAAUUUUAUAUCGAUUUUUAAAAAAAUUUUAACAAAUAUUAUCAAGAUUACCGUAUCAAUAACUUGGAUUAUUUCCUUCUUUUUCAUUAAACCAUUCAAUACUGUCUUUUCCGCAAAAUUGCAAAAAAAUGAAUUUCUCUACGUAAUUCCUAUAUUUACGGCAUUAUACGGGAUAUAUAUAAGGAGUAUCAACGGAUCCUCUCCUAAAAUUGUCACACUGACGCCUUUAUAUAAUUUUUAUUUAAUUUUUGAAACAGUAGCUUUUGUAAUUAUAUUUACUUUACUUUCAGCAUUUUUCAAGAAUAUUUAUGAAACAUUAGGACCUGUUCAAGAAGAUAUCUUCAUGAUGCUCCUAGAGCAAAGAAAAACUUACAAAAGCAACAAUGUCGUUUUUGUCACAUUUUUCAAAAAAUAUGCAUUGACUUGUUUCCUUCCAUCUUUCGCAUUCACGAUUCAUUACUAUUUUCUGUGUAACAAAACAUUUAUCAUUAAGAAAACUUCAAUUCGUUUUCGACUGCAUUUUCGCUUUUUACCUCUUUUAUAUCUUGCCUCAGUUAUAUAUUUCUUCUCAAUCAUUGUGAAACCUAUAGAAGUAGAGCAAUCUGAUUUUCUCUUUGAAAAAAACAUGGUAACACCACAUAACUCUCUUCUUCAAUUCCCCACAAAAAAGAAAAAUAUAAUUAUGAUUGGUUUGGAAUCUUUGGAUACUACUUACUAUUCGACAAAGAAUGGUGGUUGUAUAAACAAUAUAAUAAUUAAGAACAUGGAAGAGAUGGCACUUGAUAAAAAUAAUGUCCAUUUUUCACAUUUGAAAUAUCCAAAACUUGGGGGAAUGAGUACACUAUGGAGAACAGGGUAUACUUUAGGAAGCACAUUUGCGGCAUUAUGUGGUGCUCCUUUCAUGGGGAAGAAUAAGCCAAAUGGAAUGACAGAAGGAUAUUUAAACAAUUUAACAUGUUUAGGAGAGUUACUAAACGAAGCGAAUUAUAUUACUUCAGCGACAUAUGGAUGUCCUCCAUUUGACCGGGGAUAUGGUCAUGUAUUUGAUUAUCAUCAUUAUCAAAGAAUUAAUGUUGUGGGAGAAAUCUUGAAAAAUCAAACCAAUAAUUUUUGGAUCGAUGAUUAUUUAACAUAUGGCAUUUUCAAAACUGAACUCAAUUUUCUACCAAAACAAGGAAAACCUUUCUUUGCAUACAUGUCAACAAUUGAUACUCAUGAGCCAGGUUUUUCGUGCUAUUUAUGCCCUAAAGAAGAUAAUAAGAUGCUUCAGGCGGCAAAAUGUGCCGAUAAUCAAUUGAAAAAUUUCUUAAGUUGGGCAAAAAAUCAACAAUGGUACAAUAAUACUGUCUUCAUGAUAUUUGGUGAUCAUGUGACAAGGGAGAUUGGUAUUAAAGAAAUUGCUAAAGCGCAAAACUAUAAAAGAGCAUCAUAUGACCUUAUCAUCAAUUCAGAAUUAAAGUCAAAUAAUACUUAUGAAAGAUUGUUUACGUCGUUUGAUCUUAUGCCAACAGUUCUAGCUGCGGCAGGAGUAAAGAUAAAAGGAGAUAGAUUGGGUCAGGGUGUAAAUUUAUUUUCAGAUAUUCCAACUCACUAUGAAACCUAUGGUACUAAAUUUGACAAUAGUUUUGAUGAUGUAAGCAAAUGGUAUGAAACUGUAAUCAUGCAUAAGCCAACUGCCUGUGAUGAUUCCAACCCUUGCAUUUUCAUGCAGUCUUUAAUACUUGAUACAAAAUAUUCAAAUUUGAACAUAUCAAAUUAA